AUGGCACCUUGGCGAGAACUUCGGCGGGAAUUUAUGCAGUCUCUAGCUGCGCAUGAGCCGAGCACAAAAAUGCCCGGUACCAUUGAUUUUGAUGAUGGUGCGGGCUCGCGCAAAUCCUCCAUAUUGGAUAGCUCUGCGCAUGUUGUAUCACCCCAAUCGUCUAUGACAUUGCGGGACACAAAGGACGCGCCGGUUGUGACAGUGGAUCAACCAACCACGGAUGAAACGAAAGGAGCACCUGUCCACCGCGCUGUUCCAGAGGUACUAGUGAUUGUGCAUCCGAACCCGAAGAAGCAACAGCACCAUCCAUACAACUUGCAGGUGCAGUUGGUGCACAACAAGCGGCCCAAGACAGACUCUGAAUCAUCGCACAAUAGCGAUGCUGAAGAUGCAGAGCUUCACCAUCGUCGAAAACGGGCUUCCUCCUUCUCCUCUCAGCAAAGUGUCCAUUCCUCAGCAUCGGAAUCGUCCUCUUCCUCGUCCGCCUAUGGACGACGAACCAUUGCCCUCUACAACCUCGAUUAUCAUCACAUUCGCUCGACACAGGUCCUGGACGCUGGCACGGAUCAGCAUGUGGCAAAAUUUACCAAGAAAGGGAUUGAACUUGUGGACUUUGGAUUACUUGAGCCACAUGAUAUCUCGAUACAUACUUCCCACUCCCCGGAAUCCAACGCGGCGCCGUUGCCGAUGCACGAUUCCGACGUUGAGCAUGACUCGGAUAGUCAUGGACAUGAGUGGCACGAGGACGAUGCUACUUCGCACCGAGGCGGGCCUCGUUUGCUGACCAAGAUGAAACAUAUUGGUACGCAAUUGCGUGCUAAACAUCCAAGUCCUACACGGCUCGGCCCCUCCAGCGCUAGUCUCCAUCGCUCUGGAUCGGUACGAAGCAAUGUGUCGACAGCGUAUCCGGAAUCCUUGCCCGAAGAAAACGAGGCAUCAAUGACUGUACGCCCGCCAUCGAUGACAAUGCCGCGAAGCCCGAUCCCUCAAGCGAUACCCUGUGGCGGCGUGAGUCACAGCAAAGUUACAACGUCCUACGUGUGGGAAAUCAAGCAUUUGAACCGCUCACACAAGCACCGCAACGAAGCCAUGUACGAGCAGAUGCUUCGCAAGAUCAUUCGAGAUGUGAAUGCCGAUUCCCAUACCCUCGUAGAACUGGCCUCCCGUGCGAUUUUGGAGCGGAUCUGGGUACAGUUCAACCCGAAAGGACGAAGUGGGAAGGCUGUCGCACCUCCGCCAGCGAAGCACAUUGUCGUAUGGGUAGAGUGGGUUCGUGAAUGGAACGGUGGUUUGGACAAUACACAGAACGUGUACGACCCCUUUCAGUACAUGCACCACGCGUCGCCCUCGUCUGCGGCAGGCUCGCCAUUGCUUCGCCCGCAUGAUGCGAACACUGGUAUCACUGAUCCUGCAUUGGAUGUGCAUGCUGCCGACCAUGAGCCUGGGAAGGGCUCUACCACCCUGACGCAAUUCCAGUACGUCAGUCAAUACCCACGUACGGAGUCGAAGGAUCCUAGCGAGGCGCUAUGGACGUGCUACCUAGUGCUGGAUGGCGACACACGUGUACCGCUUGGCCGUAUGUUGCCAGCGCCAAACCACCCUCUCGUUGUUAGCGAGCUGCUUCUCCCAUCGCCCAUGCCCGACUUGAGCUGCAGUGGCCUCGGCCCGGACGGCAAAGGAUUUACACGCGAAGAGCUGCGCGAUAUUGUCACGACCACCGCGUUGCACAUGGUGCUUCGCGAAGCGAUUGGAUGCCUUAAUUGCAUGGUCAAACACCGGCAUUAA